GUCAACUAUUUGGAUCUGGAUUGAGGAAGCCACGAUGCAGCCACGCGGCGCACAAGCCAAUACAAGCACUUCACUGACAAAAAUCUCCACAUCACCGCAAGCACACUCCUCUCUUCCGGCAACCCUCACCCACGGCGUAGGAAGCAAGCCACAUCGCAUACCUGCUUAUCAACAACCGUUCGUGCCAUAAUUUAGAGGGUUCUUCAUAAUGUCUAACGGUCCAAGCACGAGGGCGCCGACCUCGAAGGACAUUACGCACAAGACCAGCUGGAUUGUGUUCAUAACGCAAGUCAUUCUUGUGAUUUUUACUGCUCCCUACCGGCGUACGUUCAAAUUGUACACUUGGAAGCCUCUCAGGGAUAUCCGAGCUGCGGAUGGCGAUCGAAAACUACUGGUCGCGAGGGUGAAGGAUUGGAAGGCGGAUAAAUAUCAAGAGCUGCAGUCCGUUCAAGUUGCUGCAUCAUUCUGUGCUGGUGCAACCCUCGCCACGCUUUCUUGGUCGAAAUUCGAGAACCCCAUCUGGGCUGCUGACGCGCUCUGGUUUUCUUCGCUCAUUUGCUCCAUCUGGGCAGUAAUUACCUCCAUCCAGACCAAAUCCAUUCUUGACGACCUACCAAACAAAGACCAGCUCAACUCUUCUCUCCCGGAAAUAGAGCUUAAGCGUAUGCGUCGCGUUAUUCUGCGGUAUAAGAAACGACCGGGAAUUAAUCACUGGAUCAUGCUCUUCAUAUGGCAAUUUCCAAGCAUGACGAUGAGCUACGCCUGGUGCACUUUCUUAAGCGGUCUGACCGUGUACGUUUGUACGCCAUUCAUUCGAAAUGACCCAUGGAGUAAUCGUUCUAAGAUUGCCAUUACGUAUCUCAGUGUUGGGACUGUUGGCCUGUUCACCUAUGUCUUUUCUAGUGGCUUCGUGUACGCAGGAGAGAAAGACUACGAGCGCUCAGUAGCUAGCACACGGACCAACACCAACGACAUGGAGUCUGCUUUGAUAGACUCUACGAUUAGUGCGAGAUCAGCUGAAGGAACGAGACAGCAACAACCGAGUGAACCAAACAAUCCAGUUGAGCAGCUGCGUAACCGGGGAUUGCUCAGUAGUGGAACUGAAGAGCGUCAAGAUUCAGAAAGGACCAAGAAGCAGCUGUUAUAUUGAGCAACAUUCCCCUUUUGGCUCUGCAUUGUAGAGUCUGACUUCCGCUUUGGGGGUUGAUCGCUGCGGAUCUGCACUCUCUCUGUGUCCAAGCCGGACAAGUGCAGCAUGAUGGAUG